AGGAAGAGAGCUAAAGGUAAUGGGGUCAUAUUCUGGAUAGAGAGGCAUCGCUACUUGAAGCAUUUUAAUCCCCUAACGGGAUUCCUUUCAGAAAGCUUCAGCCACUACGUUAUUCACAACCCCUGCCUCCUCUUCAGAUAGAUGAAUGAUGGAGAUGCUGGAGCAGCCAAUGUCGGUCCAGAUGUGAUUGCUCUUGUUUUAAUUUGUAUCAGCCUCAACUGAUUUUUAUUCAUUUAUUUUAGCAAUUCUAUUCAUCGUCUUCUUCUUUCUGGACUGACUUUUUGCCACUUGGCCGAUAUUAUCAUCGCGCUUGAGGCUGGACUGGGCUGCCCAUUCAAGGAUGACCAAUCACAUUGAGGUUCCAACGUCAGAUGGGCAUCACCUGAGCAUGGAAGAUCUUCCCAAGCCAUGUUGGACUAAACGAUGUAGUUGGCUAAGAAGGCAUCUUCUCUUAAUCCUCACCAUUGGAGGGGUAUUAUUGGGUUCCCUAUUUGGCUGCCUCCUUCGUCUUCUUCCUCCUCUGGAUGGCAAUAUUCUGAUUCUGAUUUCAUUCCCGGGGGACAUUCUCAUGAGAAUGCUGAAAAUGCUUAUUUUGCCUCUGGUCAUCUCCAGCUUGAUUUCAGGUCUGGCUGGUCUUGACGCCAAGUCUAGUGGGCGGAUGGGUACUCGUGCUAUGGUCUAUUAUAUGUCGACAACAAUACUGGCAGCAGUACUCGGAGUUAUCUUGGUUCUGUCCAUCCACCCUGGUAAUCCCAAACUGAAAAGACAGAUCAGCAUCUCAUCAAAGAAUGAAGAGGUUUCCAGUGUUGACGCCUUCCUGGACCUUAUAAGAAACCUCUUCCCAGAGAAUCUGGUCCAAGCAUGCUUUCAGCAGAUUCAGACCGUUUCCAAGAAAGUUCCUGCUCCUCCUUCACCACUUGAGCUCAUGAAACUAGAAAAUAUUUCUGGCAUACUGAGCAACGUAUCUCAGCCCAACAGCAGCAUGGCUGAUCUGAACCUUGAGCCACUCAUGGUAACGCAGAAGAAACUGGAGUUCAAGAGUGGCAUGAAUGUGCUUGGGCUUAUUGGCUUUUUCAUCGCAUUUGGGAUUUCAAUGGGGAAGAUGGGAGAGCAGGCCAAAUUAAUGGCCGAUUUCUUUAACAUUCUCAACGAGAUAAUUAUGCGGCUUGUGAACAUGAUCAUGUGGUAUUCUCCAUUAGGGAUUGCAUCUUUGAUUUGUGGGAAAAUAGCAGGAAUCAAAGACCUGGAAGUAGUCGCACGACAACUGGGAAUGUAUAUGGUCACAGUCAUAGUGGGUCUGGUCAUUCACGGAGGGAUGGUUUUGCCCCUUAUCUUUUUCUCGAUUACCAAGAAAAACCCUUUCACAUUCUACGGUGGUAUAUUCCAGGCCUGGAUCACUGCUCUUGGGACAGCUUCCAGUGCCGGAACCCUACCUGUGACUUUCCGGUGCUUGGAAGAAAACCUAAAGAUUGACAAACGGGUUACACGGUUCGUUCUACCAAUAGGAGCCACCAUUAAUAUGGAUGGUACGGCCCUCUAUGAAGCAGUGGCAGCCAUCUUUAUUGCUCAGAUGAAUGACAUAUCUUUGGAUGGUGGUCAGAUAGCAACUGUAAGCCUGACAGCAACAUUGGCCAGUGUAGGUGCUGCCAGUAUCCCGAGUGCAGGCCUUGUCACUAUGCUGCUCAUCUUAACUGCUGUGGGCCUCCCAACCCAGGACAUUAGUCUGCUGAUAGCAGUGGACUGGCUGCUAGACCGCAUGCGUACAUCUAUCAACGUUGUGGGUGACUCCUUUGGAGCCGGGAUAAUCUACCACUUGUCCAAAGAGGAGCUUGCAGCCAUAGAUGCCAAACAUGAUGCUAAGGAUGGAGCCGAUAUGGUCAAACUACAAUUAAUGAACCACGAGGACCUCAAGAAGCCCCUCAGGGAGAACAGGAAUACCCCUCCUUUCUCAGGCUACACCUCCCUGCCUAGUGACGAGUAUGAGGUAGAAGUAGAGCAUGCGAUGCAUCUUUAGUCAAGCCUUUAUUGCUGCGGGUUUACUUUUGGGCUCUUAGUGCUGGAGUAAUGCUUGAAGGAAGUGUCCCAGAUAUGAAGGAGAAAAACAUAUUUGAAUCAGGGAUCUGCAACCUUUGUCGCUUCGGCUGUUGUUAAACUGUAAUUUCCCCUUGUCUAUUUGUCUGCUGAUUAUGGGAAGCUGGGAAAUACAUUUCAACAACAGAUGGAGGACAAAUGCAAAUGUGCAAAAACGCUUGCUUCCGGUCUUGUAACACAUAGCAACCAAUCAAAUGUCUGCUUUCAAAUAGUGGAUUAAUAAAUGCUGCUUGCUGAGUGGCUGCUGUGGGUUACAAGAUCGGGUGUCCUAUAUGCCCUAUUUGGCCUAUUUUCUACCAUCCUGGAGACAGCAGCACUUUCUAACAGGGGCAGACUCAGACCACCCAGCAUUUCCUGACCCAUGUAGAACUGAACUAUUCAAUUCCGGAUUUAGGUCUGGUCAUCUAAGUUUGCAGCGAUUAGCAGCCUUUAUUCACUUUAUCCCUUUCAUUGUUAUUAUUUACUUUUAGUAAAGUGACACGUACAUUUUGUAAAAAAAUACUUCCACUUACUUUGGAUAAUAAAGAAACCUUAAUGAUACACGCUGCUACUAUGUAAAAAAGGUUCAGUAACUUUCAUAAAUAUUUAAAAAUUCCUUUUUUUUUUAUCUUAAUUUAACUGGACUCCACAUGCUUUGAGUUUGCACUGGUAACUUUAAUAUAUCCUGCUGGGUUGCACAGUAGCCUUACUGUAGGAGACCAGAAGCAGAAAGUGAACAAAUUCAUUUGCUUACUGCUUUUGAUUUCUGAGAAUUUAUAUAU